UGCGAAUACUGUGAAACGUGAUUUUAAUAUUUUCGAAGUCGUCAAAAGAACUUCGAGACUAUAAUGGCUGACAAAGUUGAAUCUCCAGCUGCACCAGCGGCAGUUGCAACACCUAAGAAGGCUGCAUCUCCUAAGAAGGCUACUACUCCGAAAACAAAAAAGCCUCGUGUCACUGCGAAGGCAGCUCAUCCUCCUGCAUCGGAGAUGGUUCUUGCAGCAGUCCAAGCAUUGAAGGAAAAGAAGGGCUCUUCUCUUCAAGCAAUCAAGAAGUACAUUGUUGCAACAUACAAAGUUGAUGCUGACAAACAAGCCAUUUUCAUCAGAAAGUAUCUUAAAUCCGCUGUUGCCAGCGGAGCUUUGGUCCAGACUAAGGGAUCCGGUGCUGCCGGAUCCUUCAAGUUACCUGUGGGUAAAACUGAGGCCAAGUCAAAAUCUACAAAGGUUGCCGCAAAAGCCAAGUCUGCGUCAAAGGCAAAGAAACCAACAUCUCCGAAAAAGGGCCCUAAAGUGAAGAAGGUUGUUGCUGAAAAGAAGAAGUCUACAAAGGUUGCUGCAAAACCUCCUAAGGCAAAAACCGCCACCAAACCUAAGGCUGCGAAGGCUGUUCCGAAGAAGGCAAAGGCAGCUUCUCCCAAAAAGAAGGCUGUAGCAAAGAAAGUUGCAAAAAAGUAAAUUGAAGGGAAAUAUUAUGGUUGUAAUAUUUUCAUGAGCUACGAAUACACAAACGGCCCUUUUUAG